ACCAUUUGACAAAUACAAGCUGAGCGCAACAGUAGCCUCCCUCCGUGACUGGAGAUCUGAGAGAGGAGCCGCCGCGUAUGACAGCAUCGCAGCGUCCAUCCGAGGCGAUACACACAUGCUCGACCGGUUCGUUUCUCCGGUAGGCUAUCUGUCAAAGGCUCGCAACGCGUGUAAAGCUUGCGGUUCAGCCACAAGCCAGGAAUGAAGACGCGUCAGACGCAUCCACUCACUGACUGAGCAUCGCGUUUCGAAGACGAACCCGAGCUUCGGUCGUUUGUACAACCACCGAAUAUAUCCGAGACCGCCGCUGCCGUGUCUAUUUAUACCUGUGGGACACUGCUUUGCUGCUAAUUCCGUUUAUAGGCACAUUUUUGUUACGCUUUACUGACCGGCGCGUUUCUCAGCGCGUCAGUCUGGCGCGCUUGACGCUUUGCAUGCAAACCCCGAGUGAACUUGCCAGGUAAACACAGUUCACCCCGUUCUUGUGUCGAACGUUGUUUACUUUUGCAUUAUGUAGCCCCUGGCGCGUCUGGAACGGGCUUUUUUUUAUACGAACGACAACUAACGUAAUCUAAACGUCGUUUUGAAGUGAUAAUGGUAGACGAGGCUCAUGGAGAUAUCAUCACGGACCGGAUGGCGUUCCACACCCGCGCGCUGUCGUCCCCGAACCGGGUAAAGUAAACGGCGCGAAGGGAAGAAAGGCUUCAAGACCUGCUCACGUCAAAACUGCACUGAAACUUCAAGGCUUGAACCAUGUCUAAGACGCUGAAGAGGAAGAAACACUGGUCCACUAAAGUGCAGGAGUGCGCCGUGUCGUGGGGAAGCGUCGGGGAGUUCGGUGAUGUUGUGGAGAUCCUCGGAGGCGCCGAGCACGGGGAGUUCCCGUUCCUCGGUCAGAUGAACUUGGACGUGCUGGUGUGUCACGUCGGGAGACUACCGUACUACGGGGAUGUGUUACUGGAAGUGAACGGGACACCUGUCAGCGGGCUGACGAACCGAGACACGCACGCGGUGAUCCGGCACUUUCGGGAGCCGAUUCGAAUUAAGACCGUCAAACCAGGUAAAGUGCUGAACGCUGAUUUGAGGCAUUAUCUUAGUCUGCAGUUCCAAAAAGGAUCAAUCGACCACAAACUGCAGCAAGUGAUUCGAGACAACCUGUACCUGCGCACCAUUCCGUGUACCACCCGGCUGCCCAGAGAUGGGGAGGUUCCAGGAGUGGACUAUAAUUUCAUCAGCGUGGGGGAUUUUCGCAUCCUGGAAGAGAGUGGAUUACUGCUGGAGAGUGGAACGUAUGAUGGUAACUUCUACGGCACUCCCAAACCUCCUGCGGAGCCCAACUUGGUUCAGCCUGACCUGGUCGACCAGGUUUUGUUUGAGGAGGAUUAUGGCACCGAAGUCCAAAGAAAGCGAACAACCUCCGUCAGCAAGAUGGACCGCAAGGACAGUGUUGUCCCUGAGGAAGAAGAGGAUGAGGAACGGCCACAGCUCCCAAACGGCAUCCCAGAGAGGACGGAGGAGUGGAGGAAAGCGGUGCCCAGCUACACUCAGUCCAGUGGCGCAGGUGGCAGUGGGACCCUGGAAGUCCGCACCUGGAGCUCUUUAGCCAGAGACGAAAGCCUGGAGCCCCUGCCGUACAACUGGGAAAUGGCAUACACGGAGACGGGCAUGGUCUACUUCAUAGACCACAACACAAAAUCGACUACGUGGCUGGACCCUCGUCUGGUCAAAAAAGCCAAGGCCCCUGAAAAGUGUGAGGAUGGAGAACUUCCAUAUGGCUGGGAGGAGAUUGAUGACCCGCAGUACGGCACAUACUACGUUGAUCACAUAAACCAGAGAACCCAGUUCGAAAAUCCAGUUCUAGAGGCCAAGAGGAAACUCGGUUUGGACUGUGCAGUCGCAACUCAGACCCAACAGAGGGCAGCACCUCCUCCAGGUGGAGCGGCUGGUACGCGGUUCACGCGGGACCCGACUCAGCUGAAGGGGGAGCUGUAUCACACGGCUCUCAGGAAGAGCCAGCAGGGCUUUGGCUUCACCAUCAUUGGUGGAGACCGCCCUGAUGAGUUCCUGCAGGUGAAGAACGUUCUCGCUGAUGGCCCAGCGGCCCAGGACAACAAGAUGGCCUCUGGCGAUGUUAUUGUGGAAAUCAAUGGCACGCUUGUCUUAGGCAAAACCCACGCCGACGUGGUCCACAUGUUCCAAUGCAUCCCAAUUAAUCAGUACGUGGACAUGGUCCUCUGCCGCGGAUACUCACUCCCUCCUGACGUGGACGCGGACAGCGAGGACCUUCCCCCUCCACCUCCACCUCCGUCAGGAGAGAUCGUAACCGCCGUACCCCUCAUCAACGGCCAGCCGCUGCUGGUCAAAGGUGACGCCCUUCACGGCUCCUCCCAGGAGCUUCACUAUGUAACCACAGAUGCCAUCGGGCGGCCGGUGGUCGCCGCUCUUCCAGGAGGCAGCGGCGGCAGCGGUGCUGGCGACAGGCCCGAGACGGGGAUGCUGCAGCCGGAGCUGGUGAGCGUGCCGAUCGUGAAGGGACCUGGAGGAUUUGGCUUCGCCAUUGCAGACUGUCCGCUGGGGCAGAAGGUGAAAAUGAUCCUGGAUGAGCAGUGGUGCCGAGGCCUGUUGAAAGGAGACGUGAUAAAAGAGAUUAACAGGCAGAACGUGCAAACUCUGAGCCAUGCGCAGGUGGUGGAUAUAUUGAAGGACCUCCCGGUGGGCAGCGAGGUGAAUCUGUUGGUGUUGAGAGGAGGUCAGACGUCGCCUGUGAAGAGUUUAAGACCUAGACCGGGGUUGAGUGCCAGCACUGAGACUCUGGACCGUUGCCAUGACAUCAUGGUUCCCCAGGCUUUGACCUAUCACUCAAACACACUGCCAUGUAGUUCUCCAAAACAAGACGCUUCUCUCCACUACAGCAAACCCAAAGCCUUGUCGGAGAGCAUAGUACCUCACUAUAAAGAGUUGGACGUGUUCAUCAAGAGAGAUCAGGAGACAGGCUUUGGCUUCCGUGUGCUUGGAGGAGAAGGUGCAGAACAACCAGUCUACAUUGGUGCCAUCAUUCCCCAGGGGGCGGCAGAGAAAGAAGGCCGUCUGAGGGCCGGAGACGAACUCGUUGGCAUCGAUGGCAUCACUGUAAAGGGGAAAUCUCACAAACAAGUUCUGGAUCUGAUGACUAACGCAGCACGCAACGGACAAGUGCUGCUUUCUGUGCGUAGGAAGGUCAUUUACAGAGAUGCCCUGGAGGAUGUUGGGAGCGGAGCGCUGACCCUCGUGAAUGGCUCACCUCGGCUUCCUCGUAUCCAGGAGCCAAGCAUCAAGGACCAGGGGUCGUUUGAUAUCACGCUCCAUCGUAAAGAUAACGAGGGCUUUGGCUUCGUCAUUCUCACAUCGAAGAGUAAACCUCCACCUGGAGUGUGUGUUGCAGUGAUUCCUCAUAAGAUCGGUCGAAUAAUCGAGGGCAGUCCGACUGACCGCUGCGGACUGCUGAACGUAGGUGACCGUAUUUCCGCUGUGAACAGUCAGUCCAUUGUGGAGCUCUCUCAUAACGACAUUGUUCAGCUUAUCAAAGACGCGGGGAACUCCGUCACACUCACUGUGGUCCCUGAGGAUGAGUACAAAGGGCCUCCGUCAGGAGCCAGUUCGGCCAAGCAAAGUCCAGCACCACAGCACAAGAUGCUCAAAUCCACUCAGGAUGAGAGAUAUAAUUUGGAUAUGGAUGAGAUAAGGGAUGAGCUCGUACGGACGGAGUAUAAAGCUCUUCCCAUGAGUGAACAGGGAACUCUGUGUCUCGCCAACUCCAAACAGGGCUGUAUUGCGGUAGAGUUGGAGCGUGGAUCUCGUGGUUUUGGAUUCAGUCUGAGAGGAGGAACGGAGUAUAACAUGGGCCUCUACAUCCUGCGGCUUGCUGAGGACGGCCCCGCUCUGCAGGACGGCAGGAUACACGUGGGAGAUCAGGUAGUAGAGAUCAAUGGAGAACAGACGCAAGGCAUUAGUCACACCAGAGCCAUUGAGCUGAUCCAAGCUGGAGGAAACAAAGUGCUACUGUUACUGCGACCGCAAGCCCUCUUAUCAGAGAACAGUUCUGCAGGAGAUGUUAUCCUUUCUGAUCCUCCGGGAUCCAACACUUCCAACAUUCCUCUCAGUUCUCCUCUCCUUCAUCCGCCAUCCUCCUCAGCGAAGAAGGAAAUGCCAGGCAUGACAAGCUCCUUUGCCCGUUCUCGUGGCUCAGAGGAUUCUCGCUCUAAAGACAGCAAGAAGGAGAAGCGUGCCAAACCACCAAACACCAGCUCUUCCAGAGUCCCGCAGCAACGGCGCAUCAAGAGUCGGUCCGCAGAGAAUCUCCUUGAUCUCGGAGAUACAGAGAAAUCCAAAAGCCCAUCCAAAGACAAAGCUCGCAGCCACAAAGAAAAUCUGCAACAAAGCACUCUAGACUCCCAAAAGAACAGAAAGUCCUGCCAACAUAGUCGCUCAGUCAGUCCCCAGAAGUCAAAGCGUGAAGGACAGGAAGUGGUAAUUGGCGAAGUGCAGGGACAGAAAAAGGGACGCCCUACGAAGGGAACACCCAGCAUGAAGAAAAGUGACGCUGAAAUGAGGAAUAAACAGGAAUCUAGAAGAAGGAAACAAAAUGAGACGCAAGAAGGGGAGGAGAGGUGGAGAGCUGAGAGAAAAGUGAGAAGCAAAGGAGAAGAUGAAGCGCUCGAGCCGAAAGAGGAAACGGAUCUCAAAAGCACUCGAAAGAAGAAAAAACAGAGAAAUAGAGACAUUCAAAAUGAAGACACCCACAUAUCGAGCAGAGAGGGAGACAGGACGAGCAGACAAACAAAGGAUAAGGGGGAUCAAAUGGAGGAAAACAGGAAGGAAAUUAUUGCAAAUAAGAAUAAAAGCAAAGGAAAAGGAAAUGAGUUUGAAGACAGGAAAAACGACAUUGUCACCACUGACGCUGCUCCAGUCACCAACAGGGCGAGUCUAGUCUUUGACCACCCUGGACCCUUGAGCGACGGCCUUUGGAAGGUCCCGAGUUUUGCACGUAUCCUUACACACGAGGAAGCGAUGCGAGAUGUUUGCGAAUAGUUCGGCGAUCCUUGGGAAUAGAAGGUUUAAGGCCGGAAACAUAUACGCGAGUGUGUGAAAGCAAACGCCUCUAGCUAUGAUUGCACAUGGCUCAUCAUGGAUUGCAAGUUGCAUUCUUAGCAUUUCAGCACUAUCGUGGGAAUUGGGAAUGGGUGAAUCUUGCUGAGCGAGUUAGUUAAACUGUCGGCUUGUUUAUAGCUAGCUACCUAAAUAACAUGGCAUAUGGUUUAUUGGCACAGACAUCUGAAAAAACUGACGCCUUCUCGAGUACAAGACUAUACAAGGGCAAUGAAUCAAAUUUAUUCAUACGUCUGUGUACAGCGGGGUCAGUGCUUCAAGCAUUUGCACUUGUGUAUAUAGCUGCCUAGCCAGACUUCUUCUAACAAAUCAGAAUUUCCCGUGUCACUCCCAAUAUUGGACAAUAUUGGUAACCAAAUGACUUUGGCCUCCAUUGACUUUCAUAGAAUGUACAAGAAAUACUGUGGAAAUCAAUGGGACCCCAAACUGUUUGGUUGCCAGAUUCUUCAAAAUAUCAUAUUUUAAAUCGACUUCCUUUGUAUUGACAACAAAUACUAUGGAAGUCAAUGGGACCUGAAACUGUUUGGUUACCAGGUUUCUUCAGAAUGCUGUCUUCUAUAGUCCAACAAAUUGGAUGAAUUGUUCACAGUAAGCUUAAUAAUAUGCAUUUAUAAAAUAAAUUGGGUGAAUUUUAAUUUGACGCCAAGUUUCAACCAGGUUGUUUAUUACUCAGGUAGCUAGUUAUAAAAAGUGGACAGUUUAAAGGCACAGACUUCUCAAGGUCUUAACAAUAUCGCCUGAAUAGAGAAGUUUGAAACCGCUACAGUAACACAAAGCAUCUAUCUUUGGCGCGUUCACAUGCUCGUUCACAUACUUUCCAAGAGUAUGUUUUUGGCCUUGCACCUCGUUUUUCAUGUGGCUUCAGAGCGUUUCAGGUGAACCAUGUUCAUGUGCUUCUCUUUGGACAGUGGUCAGCAUGAGCUUCUCAUUCAAACGAAUUAAAAAUGUUCGUCUCACAAACGGACCGCUUCGACACAAAACUGCUUUAUGGAGAUCAUUGCUUAAUCGUCUUGGACAGGCAAUUUCUGAGGUUUUGUGGUGAAACGCAUGGAACUCUGUUUUGUCCGGACAGCCUCUUUUAAUUUGCUUCUCGCCAGUUGACAUUAAACUACAUGAGGACUCUAUGGACAUCACGAUGCAAUCCUUCCUUAUGCAAUUUAAGGGAACACCCCCCAUCAAUCACCAAAACAACAAUGCAAGUUUAUGUUUCGGUUAAAAACAGCACGUCCUUACCCCCAAAGAAUUAUUUUUCCCCCCUGCAUGCAAACCCCUUGUUUUGUUGCAUGCGUUUUAGACCCAUGCUGUUUAUCUCGAACAUUUUCAAACGAUGUAAAUAAGAACUGUCUUGAAGAUUGGAGGCUUUACCAGGGACUUUUCAGACUGUUCUCUCUCUCUUCCAUGUCUUUGAUUCCCUGAUCUCCAAAUAUUAUAAUUGCAAAUGACCAGAAACUUGUGCUUUAAUAUACCAAGAACAUGAUCAAAUGUUUAUUUAUUGAAAUAUGUAUAUGAAUAGAUACAUGUAGCUAUAACAGAUUGUGACAUUGAUUUCGGUGUAGAGAUCCAGGCUCUUGCUAAGCACCGUGGUAGUUUUACCUUGUAGCAACUGUUUUGACUUGUCACAAAACAAAUGGUACAUGCAAAUGUAUUUUUAAAUAUUCUACGGAAUCAGAUUUAAUAUGGUAAUAUUUAUUUUCUUUUUUUCCUGGACAUGCACGUCCGGUCUGCUCAAAACGAAGGCAAGCAGUGCAAGCAAUUCAACUCAUCUCAGUUAUGAGGCUAUACUGUACUUUACAGCAGUCAAGCUUUGGUUUAUGACCAUCAGAAGCCAAUGCGCACGGGUGACCCUCAUGGAGGUCGUCAAGGGGUCAUAUUUGAUCUCAAAUUUGAAAGAAAAUAUUUUGCAUUAAAAGGAGUAGCUCACCCAAAAAUGUGAGUACUCACGUACUCACACUCCGUAAAAGAACGAGAGUGCAGAGAGCUGAUGAAAACUUGCAUAAUCCGCAUGACUUAAAUACAUCAUUUAUGAUCUUGUAAAUUGAAAAGCUGUCUGUAAUAAACAAAUACAUCGCUUCUGGCCAAAACACUGACACGUUUGUAUUUGGACAGUUUGCAACGUGGCUUGGAAUCCGUGCUUAUUUUUUUUUGCGUAUUACACACUAGAAUGUUGUCAAUACUGUCAUUUUUUUGCAUUAGGCGUAAACCUAAAAUAAUACAUAUAACAUUAAAAUCAUUUCAUAUUUAUUUCGCACUAUAUUUCGCAUCUAAUAAACGUGACUGCACUGAAAAAAAGCAAAUCUUAAUCAAGUUUUAGAGGAGAAAAAUGCUUAAAUUUAUGCACACUGUCACACUGAAGCAAAUCCUAAAAAAUCCCACUUCAUUAGGCUCCGUUGUCUUUAUGCAAAUUUUGAUUUUGGAGGUGAAAUAUGAUCUAGACAAUUAUCUGUGAGAUUCACCCUAAUGUGCAAAGAUUCAGUCUUUAAAUACAGGCUAGAGUAUGGGAAAAAUGAUCCCUCCUAAAAACGGGAAUGUUGCGGGUAUAAUGUCUUCUGUCAAACUAUUUUAAGAUGAUCAGCUGAUUUUGUUUGCAACACCUGAUCGGUUGUGGGAGGUUUCUGAAAGGGCUGAUUCCUUGGGGUUUCGGGGUCUGAAAUGUGGCCGCGAUAAACGUGCAAGGUUAUUUCACAGGAAGUGACACGAUCUAUCAAUACCAAAGGACUGGUGGCCAUUCCAUAUUCUGUGUGUGAAGUGAUUAUGACCUCAGGGUUUGGAUAUGUAACUAACAGCUGUGACACAGCUUUAAUAUACAGUAAAUGAUGAGAACGCAAACCAAUUACAAAGACAAGUUGUGGUGUUACAUUGUGUUUUUGUGCAAAUGACAGACUUUGAAAACUGUUUAAAUUCGACAAAAUGUCCUGAAAGCAAUGUUAGCAUCUGCUGUACAUAAGUAAGUCAUCUUCAUUGUUCAUAUUUAAGAGUGAGGCUUAGAAUGGCCUCACAUUAGACUAAAUACAUAUGGGCUCAAUAUAACGUGGUUUGAUUCAUGUAAAUGUUUAAAUAAUGUACAGCACCUUUAUAAAAAAUAGCUGAGUGGUCUCUCAGAAGAAAGAAUAGAAAUAUGUAUAUUUGUUCCGUUAUUUUUCUAACUAAUUAUUUAAGUAUGGCGGGAAAAUAUUUCGAGUCGGUGCAAUGAAAAUAAAAUCAUAUCCUGG